GAUGAUUAUAUGAUUAGAUGGAUAAAUGAUUUACCUGGAUGAGUUUGGCAGUAAUGAGAUAAGAUAAUUCAGAAAAAGUUGCUACAAGCUAGAAACAAAACUAUCAAGUUCUCAUUUCUUCACGAUUAUUUUUAAAUAGAAUUCAGUUUUACAAAAUGGCAAGAAAUGAAAUCAAUAAAGAUUUGAUUUGCAAUUUAACUGUGAAAGCCGAAAAACCCGUGGUAUUUCGACAAUUCAUUUUGGAAUGGCCUUUCUGUAAAUGGGACGAAGAAAAAUGGAUUUCUGUGUUUGGUGAAAAAGAAAUACCGUUUCGUUGCUGUAAAAAAAAUCUGUUGUCCAAUGAGCCGUGUUGGGAAAGGCAGUGUCAAAUUAAAAAUACAACUUUCAAAAGAUUUAUUGAAUCAAUAACAAGCAAGAAUGAGUGGAUGUACUUUGAUUACAAAUAUUUACAUCAGUGGUUUAAAAGUGACAAUGAAAUUUUUACAAAAUUGUCAUGGGAAAAAUUUGGUUACCCAGAAAAAGGACCUUCUGAUACAACCCUUUGGGUUGGUAGUGAAGGAGCGCACACUCCGGCACAUCAAGAUACAUAUGGCUUCAAUGUUGUAGCUCAAGUUCAUGGGAAGAAAAGGUGGAUAUUAUUUCCACCUGAAACUCCAGGACUGCGGCCAACCAGAGUGCCCUAUGAGGAGUCUAGUGUAUACAGUGAACUCAAUUUUUACUGUCCAAGUGAAAUAAGUGACUUCAAUGGACUUUCAGGAGGUUAUAUGGUAGAAUUGUGUGCUGGAGAUGCUUUAUUUGUACCAAAGGGAUGGUGGCACUAUGUUCAAAAUUUGGAUCCUCUAAACAUAUCAUUUAAUAUUUGGAUACCUCAUGAAAAAGACAAGUCUACUUUAGUAUCUGAAGCACUUAUCAAGAUAUUUGUGGCGCAGAUAUGUAAAGACCUCCCACAGGAAACAGCAAAAUUACUUAUUAAUCCUAAUGAGGAUGAUUUGUCGGACACACCCCUCGCUGUACUGUUCUUGCAGCUCGAGACGGUAGCGAAGGCAUAUUUGGAUCACAAGCGAAGGACGCGACGCUGCAAGCGGCAGAGGACAGAGGAAGAUACCGCUACAAACAGUCUAGAUGAAUUCGACAUUAACACUAUAUUAGACGAUAAGAACAAUUCCAUAGAGUACGUCCCGAAGAUAUCGAACUUCGACCUUAUCAGGCUCCUAGAAAAUAAUGUCAAAGAAUAUACUUCAGACAUUGGCACGACGGACGAAGCCGACGGUGUCACCAGUAGUCUCUGUUUGACGAAAGCGCUUAUAGACUCUUUUUCUCAAAGCAAUGUGAUCGAUAUCGUCAAACAAAACUUAUUUUCUCGACUCGGAGACAUGUAGUCAAGGUUGAAACAAAUUGCGCCAGCUAAAGCGUUUUAGUUGUUUUUCGUACAAGUAAUACAAGCAAGGUAAGUGAUUAUGUUUCACCUUGUUAAUUACCAAGUACCUCAAACUGAACUCGGAGCUGGUACAUUAUAAUUUAUAGUAUUAUAUUACCUACAUAUUUUGUUAUGUUAAUGCGAUAUGAUGUCGAUACCCUGUUCUUAGUCUUCUUAUCGAGCUAGCACAAAGUAAGUGAAACCAGUGUGUAAACUUAAUUUUUAAUAGCCAUGCUAUUAAAGUGUAAUCUCGGUGUAAUCUCUUUAUUAUUGAUUGAAAUAUAAAUAUAAUGUUAUACGGCGUUAAAAGUUUUCUAUGUAGUUGGUUAUUUUUAACAAAACAUCUAAAGUGCCUAUAAGCUAAGUAUAAGGCAUUAACGACACUUGAUACGAAUAUUAAUUACUCAAUUACUGUGGUCGGUAUA